AGCCGCGCCCCCGCUGGGGGCGCCCGCCGCCCGGGGCGUGGCCUCGCGCAGCCCCGCCUUCCUCGCCGGAGACCGGGCGGGCGGGCAGCUCGCCGCGGCGGCGCAGACAUGGCUGCGCUGGUGGAGCCGCUGGGGCUGGAGCGGGACGUGUCCCGGGCGGUGGAGCUCCUCGAGCGGCUCCAGCGCAGCGGGGAGCUGCCCCCGCAGAAGCUGCAGGCCCUCCAGCGAGUCCUGCAGAGCCGCUUCUGCUCUGCCAUCCGGGAGGUGUAUGAGCAGCUCUAUGACACGCUGGACAUCACGGGCAGUGCUGAGAUCCGGGCCCACGCCACAGCCAAGGCCACAGUGGCUGCCUUCACAGCCAGUGAGGGCCACGCACAUCCCAGGGUAGUGGAGCUGCCCAAGACAGAUGAGGGCCUGGGCUUCAACAUCAUGGGGGGCAAGGAGCAGAACUCCCCCAUCUACAUCUCCCGUGUCAUCCCUGGAGGUGUGGCUGACCGCCAUGGAGGCCUCAAGCGUGGGGACCAGCUGCUCUCAGUGAAUGGUGUGAGCGUUGAGGGUGAGCAGCACGAGAAGGCAGUGGAGCUGCUGAAGGCAGCCCAGGGCUCGGUGAAGCUGGUGGUGCGUUACACACCUCGUGUGCUGGAGGAGAUGGAGGCCCGCUUCGAGAAGAUGCGCUCUGCCCGCCGGCGCCAGCAGCAUCAGAGCUACUCGUCCUUGGAGUCUCGAGGCUGAAACUACAGUAUCUGGACCCUCACCCCGCCCCCUCCCCUGUACAGUAUUUAUUGUCACCGGCUCCUUAUUUAAAGAUCUUUGACCCUCA